AUGACCGAUUUCUCGGAGAGCAACGCAUUACGCGCCGCUCCCUCAGCAACGUCCCGCUCUGAUAUCAGCAGUGCACUCCGCGCUCUCCGAGGUUUUGCUCAGGAAUUCUAC